AUGUCAGAAUUACCAUCCAUUUAGAAUUAAGAUGUUUCAGGACCAAGAAAUGAAUAGAAGGGGUUAAUACAAUAAGAAAAAGAGACUACUAAAAAUAAUUCAGGAGAAGCACUUACCAAACAAGAGUUGUACAACGAUGAUGAAAUGAAGGCAAUAAUGAUAUCAGGGAUAAAAUCAAUGGUAGGGGGGUUAUUAUUACAUCUGGAACUUGGUACAUUUUAUGUUUGGGGAUCAAUAAGUCCUUAUGUAUGUGCUUGGAUGAGAGAGAAAGACUUGAGUGUAACAUUGAACUAUAUGGCUAUCAUAUUCCCUAUUCUUGGUUUAAUAACAAUGUCUUGUCUGUCAUUUGGAAUAAAAAUAGCUGAAAAAAUUGGAUUUAAACUGACAAUUGGCAUAUGUUCAACUUCAAUAGCAUUGGCAUUUUUGAUAAUAUCAUUUGUCCAAGAUAUUGGUGGUUUCAUAGCUAUCUAUUGUAUAAUGGUGGGAAUUUCAGGAGGAUUAGCAUAUAUGUUACCAAUCAUUUGCGGAUGGAGACACUUUCCAGACAAGAGAGGAUUGGUUUCAGGAAUAACCAUAGGCGGAUAUGGAUUUGGGUCAUUCAUAUUCAAUUUUGUUUGCAAAGCCAUAGCAAAUCCUGAUAAUGAGAAGCCAAGUGUUAUAUUUUAAGAAGAUGGCAAAGAUGUAAAAUACUUUGACAGCACAGUUGGGGAUAGAGUUCCUUUAAUGUUAUAGGUCUUGGCAGCCUGUUACUUUGGAUUGGCCAUUCUAUCGACUUUAUUGGUGAGAUUCCCUAAGGAAAUAGAUGUGGAGAAAUUGAUAGCUACAAUUGAAGCAAGAAAGAAAAAACAAGCAUCCCUUAAUCCAAAUCAGUAAAUUCAUGUUCCAUCUUCCUACCUCCCACCAGAGAAAGAGUGUUAAACAGUAUCUAAAGGAGUUAAACAUGUAGUUUUCCCAGUUCUGGUUUUGAUAGUCUUGAUGUCUUGCACUUUAGGAAUGCUGAUAUCUAAUUGCUAUAAGUUUUAUGGACAAGAAUUAGGAAUAGAUGAUGCUACACUCACGGCUACUGGUUCUGUUGCUGGAGUAAUGAAUGGAUGCUCUCGUUUCUUCUGGGCCACCUUAUCCGAUAAAACCUCGUUUAAGUUUACUUUCACAUUAAUAUCAAUUCUAAAUUUAAUCACUUCAGCAAUACUACCUUACAAUAGCGAUGGAAUUGGAUAUCUAUUAUUGAUCGCCAUAGUUUAUUUAGCAGAAGGAGGACUAUUAGCUACUUAUCCUUUGAUCUGUGCCACAGUUUAUGGUAAAAAGAUUGGAGGGUUGAUGUACGGAUUUCUGUUUUUUAUGAUUGGGGUCUGCAACAUGCUUGGUUACAUAUUCUAUCGAUUUGCGAGACUAAAGAUUGGAUGGGAAGGAGUCUAUUGGAUUUGUUUUGGAAUGAAUGUUGUUGGAAUCAUACUGGGAAUCAUUUUGAAGGAAAAAGGAUAUGAUUGGAGAGAUGUCCAAGUCUAGGCAUCAGAACAACUAAGAAACGAUAAUUCAGAACAUCAACAAUUACAAUAAUAAUAAUGAUUUGAUACUCAAUGUUUUUUAUAUUAUGAGUCAAAAGUUUUGAUUAAUUCUGUAUUGGAA